GCAAUGUUUUGUAUUUUGCUAACAUCAUUAACUGAUUGCGAUGAUCGUAGAUUGUGAAUUCCACGGGGAACUAUUUCCCACGGGUGUUCAGCGCUUCGCAGUUGCAAAAUCGGCACGAAUUGUUUCAAUCGCAUAGUAUGCACGCAGUACUUUUAAUAGCCGUACUACUGUUUUGCUCCAGUGCGUAUUCGAGUAGGCGAUUCUCGUGUGAAAAUGAUCGCAAAUACCUCAGUCUGGGAAUAUGCAUUAUCGAAAAACUCAGCUAUGAUGAUCUUGAUGAUUUGACGGAGGAUAGCUUCCCCAACACAACCAGUUUGGAGUUUCGUGGCAUCUACUUCCCUUAUUUCACGAGCCAUGUGUUCGAUUUGCUUCCGGAAGGCCUUCAACAGUUAACUCUUCGCAAUGGCCAUGUCCGGGAAAUAAACCUGCAGUCUUCGUCAUCCAUUAAGCGACUACGGGUCAUCCAUACGGAUUUAGUCACCCUGGAUGCGGUAUCGGAGCCCAACUACAGUUUGAAGGAAUUGGCCAUUCGAUCGCCGGUGUUCGCUCGGUGGUCCCCAAGCCUACGGUUCUUACGAGCGCUAGAAGUGAUUGAUUUGGCGUAUUGCAACUUCACCUUUGUCAGUUUGCAUUGGUUCGAAAGUUACGAGAAGUUGCGUGUUUUGGAUGUGUCGAACAACAAACUGCGGACAAUUGCCAGUCGACCAGGUUUGACCUUGCCGGCACUGGAAGAGCUGUACAUUUGGAGCAAUAGGCUGGAGUUUGUUUGGAGAUUUCCGGAUGCGUUUCCGAACCUGAUGAUUUUGAACCUAUCGAGCAAUUUGUGGCGCUGCAGUUGGGUGUCGCUGGUGCGGGACGCAAUCCACGAUCAGGGAAUAGUGGUAAUUGAUUCGGAUUACUCGUGCGGAAGCGGAUGGGUGCUGAAUGGAGGGCUGUGCUGCCAAACAAACGAAAAUUCGAGAAACGAUUCCGGUGGGGUUGACAAAAUGAAUGAUGAAAAAUCAUCAUUUUCGAAUGCGAUGCUGGAUUACAUCGUCGACAAUACAAAAGGAAAAGUGAUAGGUAUGCGGUACGGAAGCUCGAUAGUCUAUGUUGAUGAACCUGUUACAUAAUGAUUUUAAUUCAAUCGGAUAUGAUGUACAGCAAUUAAGUCAAUUCAAUUUAAGUUAUUUUCGUUGCUUUACGAAAUCUUGGACUAAUCGAUCUCGAGAAUAUGAAUGCUAAUUUCAUGUAUAGGUUAUAACAAAAUAAAGAACAAACUAAUAUGCUACAUUGAAAUAAAAAUAAUCUAUCAAAUAAAA